AUGUGGAUUCUUCCCCUCGUGGGGUACACCGGCCUCAUACUCGGGUUCGGAUUCCUCACUCUCUCCAUCGCCUCGGGUCUCUAUUACCUCUCCGAGCUCGUAGAAGAGCACACCGUCCUCAGUGCAAAACUACUCAAGCGCCUGAUUUAUGUCGUGGUGAUCACACAGAUACUACUCUGGGUCGUCGAUGGAUUCCCCUGGUAUCUUACCCUGUUGGGCGUGGCCAGUCACGGUGUCUACGCGACAAAUCUGCGGCAUUUCCCCAUCGUGAAAUUGUCCGAUCCUUUUUUUCUGAGCAGCUGUGCCCUGGUCAUCCUUAACCAUUGGUUAUGGUUCAGACACUUUAGCGAUACAACUACAAGAGGAGGUCCAUAUCGGGGUGCACCACCGAGCAGCAGGCGAGAUUGGUAUUCGGCACCGCCCGUGUAUGAUCAACCAACUUUCACCGAGAUUGCAUCCUACUUUGGACUCUGCGUCUGGCUCGUCCCAUUCGCUCUUUUCGUCAGCCUCAGUGCCGGAGAGAAUGUCCUGCCAAGCAUGGGAUCCGAGUAUGCCACGGGUGAAAGAGAGGGUGUUGGCUUCAAGAAGGGCCAUAGAAGGAAGAAUACAGGAAUGGCAAAGGCGGCCGUUCAUGCUACAAGAGACUGGGUCACAGAGACCGGUGCCGUGAUGGGGUUCUGGCACGCUGACAACGUCCGGCCUGUAUAG